UGCGUGAGGUGCAACUAGAGGACGAGCAAGAGCAACUACAGCGGUUCCAGUGUCGGACAUUCAGCUUGUACAUCCUGCUGGAAGUUCGCAAGGAGAGAGGGGAAAUCCUGCCCGCUGCAGCGUUAGUUAACGUUGUAUUUAUUCGACGGUCUAGUAAUCUAGAUUAUCAACGAUGAAGUUACUUUGGGCUGUCAGUGCCCUUCUGUUGUGCUGUUGGCGAGCCAAUGCGUCCACAGCGGGUUUUAUCAAGUCUCCCCUCUCUCAGACGAAGCUGAUUAAUGACAGCGCAGAGCUGCAUUGCGAGGUAAUAGGGAGCCCCAUUCCUGAGGUGCAGUGGUGGUUUAUAGAGGGCGAAGAGCCCAACGAGACCUUCACCCAGCUUUUUGACGGGGCACGUGAUGACCGUGUGCAAAUAAAUGCCACAUAUAUUACACAUGCCACUAGCACCAUUCACCUCACUAGCCUCACCCUCGACGACUCAGGCACUUAUGAGUGCCGCGCUUCCAACGACCCCGACCGCAAUGAACUGAAGAAGACGCCAAAAAUCAAGUGGAUCCGCUCGCAGGCAAACAUUAUUGUGAUCGAAAACCCAAACAUUGUUGCCGAACCUCCUGAGGUUAGCAACCAGACCGCUGCUAGGCUCACCUGCAAUUUGACGGAUUCCAACCUUGUCAUCAAGGGCUCCCACUGGAAGCACAAUGGCAAAAUCAUUGAAGAUUCCAAAUCCACCGAUUCCAAUCCAGUCAUAGUCCUCAAUUUGGAGAAGAUCACCUACAGUUCUGGUGGAAAGUAUGAUUGUGUGUUCGAGACUGAUCCAGUGGUGCUGCAAACAAUUGAAGUCAAAACACUUCCCCAUGUUGCAGCCUACAAGCACUCUGAGCAUGGCAACGAGAAGGACAAAGGUGUGAUGGCCUGUGUGAGCCAUGGCUACCCACUGCCCACUGACUGGACCUGGUACAAAGAGCAAGAUGGCACCCAAACGCCUAUCAUCAACGGCACUGGUGACAAAUAUGAGAUCAAGAGCACCCCUAACAAAACCACUCUGAUCAUUGAUGACCUGAGCAUCGAAAACGACAUUGGAGACUACAUCUGCUUUGGAAGUAAUGAACUCGGCACGAGCAGUGACAGGAUCCACCUGCGUGUCCGCAGUCGCCUGGCCGCUCUCUGGCCCUUCCUUGGCAUUGUGGCUGAGGUCAUCAUCCUGGUGACCAUCAUCCUCAUCUAUGAGAAGAGGAGAAAGCCCGAUGAGGUCAAUGACGAUGAUGACUCAGGAUCCGCUCCUCUGAAGAGCAAUUCUACUACAAACCACAAAGACAAAAAUGUGAGGCAAAGGAAUUCUAACUAGAAGCUGAAAGAGAUAGACGUCCAGAUGGCAGUCCAAGACUCAGCUGUUGUGGCACAUUAUAUUGUGCACCCUGCAAUUUUAAGUACCUUUUUUGUGCUUGAGUGUUAAUGUAAUAAGCUGACUGAUUUUCUCUUUGUUUUAUUUUCUUCUAUAUUCUUCUCCACAUCGUGCAGCCAGAGAACAUAGUGUGAAAUACUUUCUGCUUGAGGCCAUGGGGCAAAUAUUGCAUGAGUUUAAAAUGCUGUUCUAGCAAAGUGUGUGUUUGUUGUAAAAAACAUGAGAAUGUUCACGUGGGGAAUGCCUAGUUUGUGGUUAUUUUCUGUUCAUGCUAAUGCUUCCUACGCUGACCACACAGGUGUCAGUCUUUUGAUUUUUCUAUCCUCAAAUUUGGAGUAGUUACUUGUAAAGCAGCACAAAUUGUGUUUACAGGAUCUGAAAACCUUUUUAUCAUGAUGCAUCACUGCCGUUUCUUAUAACGACAACUUAAGUGUGUGAAUUCACUUUUGAUCUGUCCCUACACCAUCACAAAAGUCCCUUAGCAGAGUUUUAUACUUUGCCUUAACAAGCACCAUUUCUCCUCUGUCUUUUUGCAUUUUGUUUCCUCUUACACAAUUUAAAUGUGACUAAAAUUAAAUGCAGAAAUGAUUAAGAUUUAAUGUCUGCUAGGGUUUUUUGCCAUAAGAAAUUACAGUUCUUUUAGUGGGAAAGCAGUGUCUUGUAAAUCAUGCUUUUUUUUCCUUUUCCUUUUCAAAUCAUGUAAAUUGAAGUUUUAUCACUGUUUUUGUUGCUGUAGUCACAGCCACAGUAAAAAAAUCUACUGUAAUUGUCAAUUAAAAUCUAAGGACCAAGUGCAAAGGAGAUGUAACAUCUGUUGCUUCUGUUGAAUGCAACUUAAACACUACGCACUGAUGUUUAAAUCUACAAACAUUUACUAAGAUGUUUUUUCUUUUUAAUUUAAUGUGAUCUAAGAAAAAAAAACAACAAAACACUUGUGUGUGAUUGUUGGAACAUCGUCUCUGUUCCCUUCACUGUAUAGAUGAUUCAGAAGCCAUAUGUUCAUUUAACCUGAGUAGUGUUGUGAUUGGAUGUUACCAUUUCAGAAUUAUACAAAUAAAAUGACCUUGUCAGAAUUGUGUAAAUUGUUGUACCUUCCAGCUACAUGGAAUACCAUCUGUUGUACAACUUGCACAAACUGAAUAAAGGUAUUGAUUUUA